AUGGUUAUGCAGUUUCUGAUUCCGGGCUUGGACCCCGAUACGAUUUUUGGCUACUGGAUGCUCACCGUCGUGCACAUUGUGUGCACAGUGUGCGGGUUUUUCGGAAACUUCGCCGCCGAUAUGUAUAUAUUCGUCUUCAUUACGAGUGCGCCGCUGGUAAAGAAUAUCCUUAAAUGCAAGCUGGAGGACCUUGAUGCCAAGUUGGAGGCUUUUAAUGGACAGAGGAUCUUACAGAAAGAUGUCCAUAAAGAUAUAAUGGGAAUCAUUAACUGGCACAAGAACUAUCUAAGACUUCUGGAGUGUUCUGAGCGGAUUUUUUUCAUAGUGAUCUUUGUGGAGAUGAUCACCAGCUUUAUGAGCAACCUGAGUAUCCUGUACUGCGUCCUCAUUGGAGUCUGGCCCUCGGGCAAGAUUUACCUUGCAUUCACUAUCACGUCCUUUCUUAUGUUCAGCGCCUUAGGAACAGUGGUCGAUAGUUCGAAUCAGGACUGCAGUGACACCAUCUACACCUGUCGAUGGUACGAUUUGCCCAUCAGCGAACAGCGAUUGCUGCUCUUCAUGCUCCGUAGAUCCCAAUCCACAUCCGGACUUUCGGUGGGAAAAAUGAUGCCCCUCAACAUGAACACCGCGGUGCAGAUUUCAAAGGCCAUUUACUCUGUUCUUAUGCUGCUGAUGAGCGGACGGGAGCAGUGA